ACCACAACGCCGUUAAUUAUGACGGAUUCCGAAUUUUCCAACGGCGCCACGUUGACCAUUGCCAAUUUGCCAUGGUGAAGAUUUGACUUUAAUGGUUAUUUGCGAUUGAUGCGAUUACGAGAUAUUUUUAAGCUACGGUGAUUCGAACGAAAGCCUAAUCAUAGGUGGUUUAGGAUUUUCUUAACUUCAAUAUGAACAUUUGGCAAAUAUUGCUUGGCAAGAUGUGAGUUAGAAAGCUCUUCAGUUCCAGAGUUCCUGAAUCCGUGCAGGAACUUGGGUCUUUCUAAAGCUCACGGGAGAAGAAUAAGGGUUGAUUCCUGGGAUUUCAGCCUUUAUUCCUGUUGAGCUCUCUUGAUUCCCAGGAAUUUAGGAUAGAAGUGUACAGUUGGAAUGUCAGUUGCUAGUGUAGCGUUGAGUCCAGCCCUGGAGGAACUUGUCAACUUUCCAGGUAUUAUUGGACGGUUUGGUUUGAACUUAGACGACCCAAUCCUGGUUUUUCUGACUAUUGCUGGAUCUGUGAUCCCUAAGCGGGUUAUGGAGUCAGAUUCAAUAGCAUCUGUGAAGCUAAGGAUUCAGAGUAUCAAGGGUUUUUUUGUGAAAAAGCAGAAACUUCUAUAUGAUGGUAGAGAGCCAACUCGAAAUGAUUCCCAAAUUCGAGAUUAUGGCCUUGCUGAUGGGAAACUGUUGCAUUUGGUUAUUAGACUUUCAGAUCUUCAAGCCAUUUCUGUAAGAACUGUUGAUGGGAAAGAGUUUGAGCUCGUUGUUGAGAGGAGUAGAAAUGUUGGUUACGUGAAGCAGCAAAUUGCUUCAAAGGAAAAAGAGCUCGGAAUCCCCAGGGAUCAUGAACUCACAUUAGAUGGUGAAGAGCUGGAUGACCAAAGACUCAUCACUGAUCUCUGUAAAAAUGGAGAGAAUGUGAUUCACUUACUAAUUAGGAAAUCCGUCAAAGUCAGAGCUAAACCAGUGGGGAAGGAUUUUGAGGUGUUCAUCGAAAAUGUAAAUCACAAGCACAAUGUCGAUGGUAGAAGAGGAAAAAACAUAUUAUCACAAGCGAAGCCUAAAGAGUUCUUUGUGGAGCCUGUUAUUGUUAAUCCUGAAAUUAAACUGCCUUUAUUGCUAAAAGAACUUAUCAGCUCCACUUUAGAAGGCUUGGAGAAGGGAAAUGGCCCGAUUCAAUCAUCUGAUGGAUCAGGAGGAGCUUAUUUUAUGCAAGAUCCAUCCGGACACAAGUAUGUCUCUGUCUUCAAGCCUAUUGACGAGGAGCCAAUGGCUGUGAACAAUCCGCGCGGACAGGCUGUUUCUGUUGAUGGCGAGGGACUAAAGAAAGGUACACAGGUAGGUGAAGGAGCUAUGAGAGAAGUAGCAGCCUACAUUUUGGACUAUCCCAUGACUGGACCACGAACUUUUCCUCAUGACCAAACUGGUUUCGCUGGAGUUCCGCCAACAACAAUGGUCAAAUGCUUGCACAAGGAUUUCAACCAUCCCAAUGGUUACAGUUUCGCUCCUGAGAACAUAAAGAUCGGUUCACUGCAGAUGUUUGUGAGUAAUGUUGGAAGUUGUGAAGAUAUGGGCUACCGAGUAUUCCCUGUUGAACAGGUUCACAAGAUAUCGGUGCUAGACAUAAGGCUGGCUAAUGCUGAUCGCCAUGCUGGCAACAUUUUGGUUAGCCGAGACGGAAAAGAUGGUCAGAUGGUGCUUACUCCAAUAGACCACGGCUAUUGCUUUCCCAAUAAGUUUGAAGAUUGCACAUUCGAAUGGCUAUACUGGCCUCAAGCAAAAGAGCCAUACUCUUCAGAGACAGUGGAAUACAUCAAAUCCUUGGACCCCGAGCAAGACAUCGAACUUCUGAAAUUCCAUGGUUGGGAGAUCCCGCCUUCAUGCGCCCGUGUCCUCCGUAUUUCAACCAUGCUUCUAAAGAAAGGUUCUGCAAAGGGUCUCACACCUUUUACCAUCGGAAGCAUAAUGUGCAGAGAAACACUCAAGGAAGAAUCUAUGAUCGAACAAAUCAUACAUGAUGCAGAAGCCAUAAUGCCCACAGAGACAACCGAAGAUGAGUUUAUCAGCACCGUCUCUGCCAUCAUGGACAACCGGCUCGACCAGUAUGCUUGGAACUGAAAAAUAUCGUUAUCGUUAUCGUUCCUUCACCCCAAUCUAUGUUUGUGAUUGUUCAACAGAUGUAUAUCCAGUGUCCGUAACUAUAAAUAAGUGUCACUGUCUUUGAACUAAUCCUUAGCUUUUGGAAACAGUGGUUUGAUAAUGAAUAUGAUGAUUGGAU